CUUUUUGAUCAGUUGCCAAACUAAAACCUAAAUAUUUUAAACUUGAAUUCUGAAGUAAGUCUGAGAAAUGAACCAGGUUUGGGUGUUCUUUAAGCUCAUCGAGGUGGUGCUGGGCAGUGCUUGUAUGUUUUUCCACAUACGGGGCUCUUCCUACUGGCCAGAGCGCACUCCGCAUGUCAUCCUAUACUGCGCCACAUUUUCCUCCUUCACGGCACUCGCCGCUCUAGGUGCGUUCCGGCUGAUGCUGGCUAGGAGUUCGGUGCUCUCCUCCCAGCUUCUGCUCACACUGAGUGCCGUGCUGUCGCACUACUUCUGCGGCGUGCUGAUAAUGCGCACCGCCAUGGAGGACCCUCACCUGGCUUCCAUCAAUUCCACCAUCGAGUACCUGGAACACCCGCACUUCGCAUACUGCAAGCAGAAGAGCAUCGCUGCACUUAUCACUGGCACCAUGUACCUGAUGCACAUGUUCCACGUGUUCGAUCUGCUGAUGCGCAUGGAACCCGGCGACUGGAAACGUCAGGCGACAGGCCGUACGUACUUUGAGGGAACGGAGUCUGGCUCAACCGGACUGUUUGUGCUUUCCAAGCCAGUGGACGACUUUCUGUGCAAGUGCUGCAGUUGCUACUAUAAGUUGGCCAGUUCUCAGACGCUGUACUUCCGGCCGAACGCAGAUGUGGAGCAGCCACACUUUGUAGCCCGCAUGUGGCAGUUCCUUGGUGAUGCGCGUAAAAAGUUCUUUUCGCUGCAUCAGAUCGAGAGUGAGGAGAGUUUUCUAUCCACGCCGACAAUAACCACCAGUGAAUCGGAUAGCACACCCGUAGUCACGGAGUACAGUCCAUCCAUGGAAGAGGAGCCUAAUAAACCACGACGAUCUGCCAGAGCCUGGCGCGGCUCCAGCGAUUCCUCAAGCCUGUGGGCCAAAAUCGAGGACAGAAGCACUGUAAGCCUCGCUUCAAAUCGGUCGAGUCAGAGCAGCGAGGCCACAGUGAAACCCAGUGUAAUGGAUCGCAGGCUAACACGUCGAUCUACCCUGUGGGGAGUCACCGAGAGAAGGGAGAAGUCGGAGAUUCUGCUGGUGGAACAGGGUUCCAGCUAUUCUCGGAUCAGAACUCUAAGCAAUGCGGAGUUGCUCCAUAAGCCAAGCGAUGCAGGACAAAAGGAACAACCAGUUCCAGAUGCACCCAACCCAAAGAUAACUAAUGGAGAAGCUACGAGAUCAGACAUCAAAUCUUCUUCUAAACAUGGAACUGGGCAAACUUAGAACAUCAGUAGUAUUGAAAUUUUGACUUCGGU